UUGCCGGUCGGAGGCUAAAACCCCGGGCCACCGCCGGGUGACCCGCAGAGAGGAUUCACUCCUGGAUGGAACACUGAAGGGACGCCGCGGAGAAAGUUCAAAAUUGUUUGCUUGAUGCUCUUGAUGAGAAGAAGGAUUUAGCCUACUCCAUCCAGAAAGGUGAGAAAAUAAAAACGUACAGGCUACGCCUGCUCAACAGCCAAGAAGUAGGCCGAGUCGCAGGAGGUCCUUGGAGCAUAAUUACGAACAUCAGGACACAAUGAUGGCCAAGUCAUACGGGAGGCCCGGCGAGGGAGCCGGGAUGGUCAGCUCCCUGGAGUGGAUGGAGGAGGACCUGAGCUCCCCGGAUGGAGAUGAGCCAAUAAGGCACCACUACAGGGCAGGUGGAUCGGGUCACCUGGGCAGGGAGCUGGGCAGUGAGGACAUGGAGGAGGAUGAGGAGGAGGGCCAAGGGGACGGGAACACUCCCAAACGCAGAGGGCCCAAGAGGAAGCGCAUGACUAAGGCCCGACAGGAACGCUUUAAGGCGCGACGUGUAAAGGCUAAUGCCCGGGAGCGCUCGAGAAUGCACGGGCUGAAUGAUGCGCUGGAAAACCUGCGCAGCAUAAUGCCCUGCCACUCCAAGACUCAGAAACUGUCCAAGAUUGAGACCCUACGACUGGCCCGCAACUACAUCUGUGCCCUCUCUGAAGCCCUGGAGGGAGGCCAGUCCACGGAGAGCAGGACCUUCUUGGAGACGCUGUGUAAAGGCCUCUCCCAGCCCACUAGCAACCUGGUGGCGGGCUGUCUUCAGCUGGGGCCUGGCGGGCCGGUUGAGGAGAGGGCAGAGGACAGGCACGGGAGGAGAGGAGGGCCCACCGUCAUUGGAGGGAUCGGGAUGCCCGUUGGACCAAUCAGCUACUCCUCCCCUGGCCUACCCAGCCCGCCCUAUGGCACACUUGACUCCGCCCACCUGCUCCACAUGAGGGGGGUGAAGGGAGGGGUUUACGAGAGCCACUCCCCAAACAACUGUAACGGUGGGGUGGGCACCCCUCCCUACGACGGCCCACCUACACCCCCGCUAAGCAUUGGCAGUAACCUGGUGCCCAAGCAGGAGUCCUCCCCCCACUACCUCCCCCCUCACCACUACCCACCCUCCUCCAUGGCCCUGACAGGCCCUCAGGGACAGGUCCUGUACCAGAGUACCCGCUACGAGGUGCCUCUCGAGAUGCCCUAUGACUCGUACCACCCUCCUAACAUGGCACCUCCACAGAUGGGUACAGUCUAUGGGGAUUAAUGGGCACAACAUGUUGACCAAUGACUGUGUUGGCUGUUUGGAUGAAUCCAACCUAAUGAGUUUUCUAAUCAGCGGGGUGGUUUCUGAGUGAAAAAAUGGAAAGUGGGCAGAUGUUUACAUUAGUGUAUAUGUUAGCGUUGAACACUGUCAAAUCCCACGCAUAGACUUAAACCACUUCUCUACUGUUGCUGUAGCUAAUAAGUGAAUUAAGCUAAAAUGCACCAUACUACUUGACUGUGGGUUGGUUCACAAGAGUUUCACUAGAGGAAGAGGUCCUGUAGGUGGUAAGGGCUGCUGUAAAGACCUCAGCUUGACGACAGACCACAUUAUGAGCACUUCUGACCAGCACUCAGAAUAUAAAACAUUCACAUGUAUGCAUAAUCCAUGUAUUUAUUUUCUUAUUUAAUAUUUAUAUGAACUGCUGUAAGUACUGCUUUCGGUAUGCUGUUACUGCUGUUAGUACUGCUGUUACUGCUGUUAGUACUGCUGGUACUACUGCUGUUAUUGCUGUUAGUACUGCGGUUACUGCUGUUUUUACACAUGUUUUGUCUUGGCCAUCUCUGUUUGUUCUUUCCUUGUGACAUUGUUGAGUGGGUUUUCUCUUUUCUCUGUCCAUUUCUCUUUUGAUGUCUGUUGUAUCCUGUUUUGCACUUAGAAGGUGUUCUACUAUAAUAUUACUACAGUAUCUUAAAAGGUAAUCUAAUAAUCUUAUAUAAAAAUAAUACUAAUGUACCUGAUGUCCAGGAAGGAAUCUGUUCAUGUCAAAGCUGUCUACAGUUGUAAUGAAUAGAUCAAAUGUCAAUUACAUAAUCUGAACAGAGUUUAACUAGGUGUCAUUUAUUCUAGAUACAGAAUCAUUGGAAAUGAAUCAACUAAAAUGAUUAAUUGACAUUCCUUAACACAAUACAAAGCAUAUAUUUUCUAUCAUCUUCUGACACUUUCUCAAUUGCCAAAUAUAUAUAUAUGAAAAUAUGAAAAAUUAAAAUGUUCUCUCAGAUGAAAACUUAUGGAUUGUCUUU